CAGCAAUGGCGGUUAACCAAUUCACAACCAGCAUGCAGCUUUGACUCCAAUCAAUUUCGACGGCCGAUAGUCCAUGGAUUGGUCCGAUCCCUUGGCCUUAUUCAGCCUCAUUGAAGGUGUAGUUAGCCCAAGUUAGCCAGAGCAGAAUCCAUCGAAUCCAUAGUUAAUGUCGUUAGCGUUACGAGCGUUACGAGGUAAACACGUACACGUGGGUAGAAUAGAAACAUUAUAUAAAUAUUCUAAACACUGAUUUAUCAUUUUUAUUUCUCCAUGUGUUUUUACCAGAGACGUACAUAAAUAAUUACAAUAAUUAAGUAAUAUUAUGUUGUUUAAAAUCGUAAAAUAUUACGUGGUGUGCGUGAAGGGUUAGAAAUUAAAACGUGUUUCUGGAUUAAUCAACAGGAUAAACUACAGGCAAUCUAAAUAAUGCAUUGCAAUACUGAUUAAGAAAAAAUAAUUGUGAUAUAAAUAAAUUUGUGAACCAGUUUUGAAACUUGCGAGGUAACAUGGCUAAAUUGAAGAAGCAGUCAUUGUCCGAAGUGUCCCAACGAAAACGUGAUCGGCAGAACAAGAAGUCUUUGAAUCCGUUCGAGGUACAAAUAAAUAGGGACAAGCAAAAUGUUUUGGGGAAGAAGAGCAAAGCGGACAGAGGCCUUCCAGGAGUAUCGCGCUCGAAAGCGAUUAGGAAACGAAAGGGGACGCUCCUCCAUGAGUAUAAAUUAAAAAACAAAGACAACUUGUUUCUUGACAAACGUAUAGGCGAAAAGAACGUGGGUAUGAAUGAAGAAGACAAAGCAUUGGCUCGAUUCACCGCGGAACGCAUGAAGGCUCACAAGAAAAAGAAUAUCUACAGUUUAAACGACGACGAAGUCUUGACGCACAAGGGUCAGACUUUAGAAGAGAUUGAGAAGUUCGACGACCCGAUAAGCGACGACGAAUACAGCGACGACGAGAACAAGACUGGAAAGCUGGAUGAUAAAUUCGUCGGCGACGCUCACUUCGGCGGUGGCAUGUUAUCCAGAUCAGAAAAGUCCAGGAAGGACCUUAUAGACGAACUGAUAGCCGAGUCGAAGAAGCGUAAAGCUGAAAAGCAGAAGAUCCGGGAGGAGACCAUAGAUCUGACGGCGAAGCUCGACUCGGAAUGGAGAGAUCUCCUCCCGAUUAUUUCGGCGAGUAACAAAGCUAUGGAAGAAACGAAAGUAAGCGCUAAAGCAGAUGAUUAUGACAUCGCUGUGCGAGAAUUAAAGUUCGAAGCUAAAGGCACGCCUCUGGAUAAACUGAAAUCCGAAGAAGAACUAAUAAAGGAAGAGAAGGAGAAACUGGAAGCUCUGGAGGAAGACAGACUGGCUAGAAUGAAAGGAUUUGUAAAUGAUACGAGUAACAGGAUUAAACACAAGUCGGCCGAUGAUCUCGAUGAUGGAUUCACAUUAGAAACGAUAAAAGACGAUGAGCCAGAUAAUGGGGAUAACUCAGUCAAAGAUGCUGAACGAGAUUCAGGUAACGAGGACGGUAUUAACGAUAUACAUACGGAUGAGGAAGAGAAGGAUGAUAAUGAUGACAGUGAGAAUCAUACUGAAGCCUCUGAUGAAGAGGAAACCGUAGACGAACGAUUGGACAUUACCAAAGUGAAUGGUAUUAAAGAAACGGGAAACGUUGAGAGUGCAGUUGAAGCUGAAGAAGACUCCGAAGACAGUUCCGAGGAGGACCGCUUAUCGGAUUUAAAAAACUCGGAAGCCUCCAGCGAGGAUGAAGGCAGAUCAAAGAAAGACAGAGUCAAAGUAGACUCUAAAAAGAAAUCAACUUUAAAACCAGAAUCUGAUGUGCCUAAAUUAGGCGACAAAAUCAGACAGCAGGAAAUUAGAAACGAUCUCAUGAGAAGAAAAGAGAUCAUGGAGAAAGCGAGGAAGGAACUACCGUACACUUACGAAGUACCGAGUAGUUUCGAAGAAUUGCAAGAGCUUCUACAGGAUCGUAAUGCUGACUAUCAGUCAAUUAUCGUGGACCGCAUAAUCAAAUGCAAUCACUGGACACUGAACAAUGCGAACAAGGAGAAAUUAACAAAUUUAUUUCUAUUUCUAUUGCAACACUUGAACGAUUGUGCGGUAGAAGAUGAUACCAACAGCAUAGUCCAUUGUUUCCAAAUCAUUGAUAGAUUAUCACCAUUUUUAUACGACCUCGCUCAUUUAAAUGCACAAAAUGCUAGGACCGUCAUGCAGGCGAUAAUCAAGGAAAAGCACGACGAAUUUGAGAAGAAUAAAAGAAGAUAUCCUAGCCUAGACACCCUGAUCUUCUUCAAACUGGUUUCUUUAAUAUUUCCGACGUCUGACUUCCGACAUCCUAUCACUACUCCAUGUGUGAUAUUCAUGUCUCAAAUUUUACUUAGGAGCCGUGUUCGAAACAAACUAGACCUUUCGAAAGGUCUUCUUAUAUGCACUCUUAUUUUAGAGUACACUGCCCUCAGCAAACGAUUCGCACCGUCUGUGAUAAAUUUCUUGCGCGGAGUAAUCUAUGUAUCCACGUCUAAACACUUGAUCCAAGGAGUCAAAAUUAUACCACCGUUCAAGACGAUCGGAGAGGCAAGCAAUUUACUGAUACUCGACGAGGAUCAAUCCGAUUUAGAAAUCGAUGUAAAUAGCGCGCCUAUGAGAGCGAGUGAUUUAGUGGACGGGCCGAUAAAGGAUGAUUUUAAAGUGCGAAGUCUGUUGACGGCCGUAAAUUUACUUCGCGAAUUUAAAAGCAACCUGGAAGAAUUGGAAGCUGCGUAUUCGAUAUUCGAACCGAUAUUCAAAUUGUUCAAGGCGAACUCUUUCGAUAAAUAUCCAUCGAACGUGAGGAAACAUAUUAAAGAAUUUAGGAGAGAAUUGAAAGUAUUGAAGAACAAGAAAUUGGAAUAUCUCGUGGUUGAGAAGAAGAAGCCUAAACCGUUGAGGUUAUACGAGCCGCGGAUCGAAGCAGUAUACGAUGGUAAGAAGCACAGGACUACGUCUAAAGAGAAGGCCGAAAGAGAGAAACUGUUGCAUAAAUACAAGAAAGAAAUGAAGGGAGCCGUGCGAGAAAUCCGAAGGGACAGAGCGUUCUUAGCGAAAUUGCAGAUAAAACAGCAAAUUAAGAGCGACGAGGAACGGAAACGUAAAGUGAAAGAGAUCUACGGCGACGCUGCUGUCCAACAAAGCGAAUUAAAGAAAUUGAAACGGAAGAAAUAGGACACAGUAUCUUUGUAUAAAAAUAAUAAAUGUAAUUCAGAUAAUAAUUUGUACAUAAUAAACGAUUUGUAAAUAUU